AUGACCUCACACAUCCGAUGGCGAAAUAUGAAGAGUUGAAAAUCGUAAAAAUGGGAUCCUCCCAUGUCAAAGUUUGCCGUAUAUAUGGGUUUUACACAGAUUUUUUUUGAAGCAGACGGACAGUAUUUUGGAACUUCAACUUGAGGCAAGCGUUUGAGUUACAACUGAAUCUCGAAGAGCCAACAAAUAUGGAUAAAAAGGAUAUGUCGAAGCGCUCCAGUUUUUUUGGAGGUAUCCGGAUAUCGGCGAAGCCAUCAAAGAAGGCUGAAUCCAGUGCAAAGCGAGAUCAGCGAAUGCAGACACGCCCCUCAGUGGAAGAUGAAGAAGCUCUGCAGGAAUAUGAGAGGAUCCAGCAACAGCUUACAGACCAGGAGGUGGAUGCUGCCUUUGAGAGAAUGUUGGAGGACAUGGGUUUGACAGGAAACAAGGCAGCUCCCCUUCGGUCUCGUGAUAUGACAACAAAAAGAGAGAUGGUGUUGCAAUAUAUGAAACGCACUGGCUCAUCAGCGGGAAGAAAAACAGUACAGAAACCAGGGGACUACAUCUUAGAGUUGAAGAACUGCGGACCCACAGACUGUGAGAGACUUCUGUCUACCCUAAGCUCCCUGAAAGUUUCUCUGGGUAGUAACACCAUAAGCUGGGUGCAGCAAUUUGGAGAUAGGGGCUUGGAGGAAAUACUGAAGAUACUGGAUGAAUUUUCUACAAGGGAAGACCAAAGAAGUGUGGACAUCAGACAUGAGUGCAUCAAAUGCCUGAAAGCAUUCAUGAACAACAAGUAUGGUAUCCAAAUGGUGUUUUCAAAAGAGGGUGCUCUAAGCACUGUGGCAGGAACACUAGACCCUCAUCAUGAGCAGAUCAUGAUGGAAACGGUGCGACUGCUUGCUGCUGUGUGCCUGUAUCCCGGUGGACAUGAGAAAGUGCUUGCAGCUUUAACAGAUGUGGCAGAGUUUAGAAGUCGGCCAAGAUUUGCACCGAUCAUUGAAGCACUUAAACAAGAGGAAAAUCCAACACUGCAGACUGUAUGCAUGCAGUUAGUGAAUGCUGUUAUCAUCACACCACGGGAACCAGAGGAACUAGACUUCAGGUUACAUCUACGCAAUGAGUUUCUUAGAACAGGAAUGUUGGACCUACUUCCAGAAUUACGAGACAAUAAGAUAAGUGAGCUGGAAACACAGAUGACAGUUUUUGAUGAACAUCGAGAGGACGAUUAUGAUGAAUUCUGCCAUCGAUUUGAAGGUCUCAAAGUCGAAAUAGACGAUGAGGAGUCAGCAUACCAGCUGCUUCAUCAACUCGUAAGUGACACUCCGGCCGAGCCAUUCUUCCUGUCAAUCCUUCAACAUCUUCUCUUGAUCAGAGAGGAUAGUGCCAUCAGACCCCAGUACUACAAACUAAUAGAAGAGUGCAUAUCUCAGGUUGUUCUCCAUCGAGGAGGCUUUGAUCCAGACUUCAGACAUACACAGAAGUUUGAAAUAGAUGUGGAUCCUCUCAUAGAGGGACUUAAGGAAAAGGCAUUUUAUGAAACAUUAGAAACGAAGGCACAUAAGUUAGAAAAAGAGUUGGAGCAAGAAUUAACAGCACGGCAGGAGUCAGAAGCUAAACUCUCCCAGGCGCACAAGAAGAAUGAAGAGUAUGAGAAGAAAAUAGCAGAACUUGAAACAAAGCUUGCAUCAGGUGUGAUUGUUCCUGCCUCAUCAGUUCCUCCAGGUGGAAUACCUCAAGCACCUCCACUUCCAGGAGGAGGGGGUCCACCUCCUCCUCCACCCCCUCCAUUCCCAGGUGGUGCUCCUCCACCCCCACCCCCACCUCCUGGGAUGGGUGGCGGACCACCUCCACCCCCACCCCCACCCCCUGGAAUGGGAGGUCCACCACCACCCCCGCCACCACCUGGUAUGGGUGGGCCACCACCACCACCCGGUAUGGGACCACCUGGUCCCCCACCACCACCAGGUGGAGUGCCUAUGUUUGGUGGAAAGGGACCAGCUACACCCUCACCUAUAGCAGCUCUUCCUCAUGGGAUGAGGGCAAAGAAGAAAUACAGUCAGCAAACACCAUUAAAGAGGGCCAAUUGGAACAAGAUUCAGCCUAGGACACUCAACAAAGAUUCCUUCUGGGUAAAUGUUGAUGAAGAGAAGAUUGAAGAUGAAACUGUACUUACGGAACUGGCUUCAAUUUUCGCGUCCAAAGCAGCUGCCAAAAAGCUUGGUGGUGAAGAUGAUGGUGAUGGCAAGAAACUAUCUGCUAAGAAAAAGACUAAGGCUUUCAAAGUCUUAGACGCCAAGACGGGACAGAACUUGGCAAUUCUACUAGGUUCCUUGAGAGUUCCCCAUGUGGAUAUGAAACGUUGGAUCCUUGAGAUUGAUGAGAAUCGUCUGAAUGAGGGUAUGAUCCAAUCACUGCUAAACAAUCUCCCUGAACCUGAACAGAUCAACAGUGUCUUUGCACUCAAAGAGGAGUACGAUGACAUGGCAGAAGCUGAACAGUUCUGUGUUACUAUUGGAUCUAUCAAACGUCUUAUACCCAGACUUCAGUCUAUGAGUUUUAAAAUGAAGUUUCAGGAAUGUAUUAACGACAUCAAACCAGUUGUUGUAAUGGGUACCAAAGCAUGUGAGGAAGUACGUGACAGUAAGAAGUUCAAGAGGUUACUGGAGAUACUACUACUGUUUGGUAACUACAUGAAUGCUGGAUCCAGGAAUGCACAGUCUUUGGGAUUUGACCUCAAUUACUUAACAAAACUUCGUGGGACAAAAUCAAUAGACAACAAAAUCAACUUCUUGAAUUUCUUGGCGGAAACUAUUGAAACAAAAUAUCCAGAAGUAGCAGAGUUUGUUGAGGAGAUUGGUCAUGUGGAGAAGGCGGCCAGAGUCUCUGUAGAUACGGUCAGCACUAACCUACGCAACAUGCAGAAGCAGAUUAAACAGCUGGAGAGUGACAUCAAAUCAUUUGUACCAAGCAAAGAAGGCAACGAUAGGUUCAAAGAAGUCAUGGGAGAGUUUGUGGUCACAGCAAAAGAGCAAUGUGAGACCCUGGAGAGUAUGUUCACCAAGAUGACAGAUAUAUACCAGUAUCUUGGAGAAUUCUACUGCUUUGACAUUAACAAGAGACCAUUUGAGGAUUUCUUUGGAGAUCUGAAGAUAUUCUUGGAUGAGUACAAGCAAUCAGCCAAAGAAAACCAAAAGAGACGUGACGCAGAGGAAAAAGCUAGAAAAACCAGGGAGGCUAAGCUGAAAGCAGAGGAGGAGAAGAUGGCUAAGAAGAAGAAGAAGGAUCAACUGGCAGGCAUGAAAUUAGAUGAUGACCAGUCUGGUGUGAUGGAUAACCUCUUGGAAGCUCUACAGAGCGGUACAGCUUUCACAAGAGGUGAUAAAGGAGGAAGGAAGAGAACACCAAGACCUGCAGGAGCUGAAAGAAGAAAACAACUAGAAAGAACAAGAUCAAGAGUUGGUCGUCCCCCCUCAUUGACAACAUCAGAGAUUGCAAUUGAUGAUGAAGAGCCGACUGCACAGAAUGUCAAGAAUGCUGUACCCAACAACAGAAAUCGACAGCGGAAGCCAAAGAAGGCAUGGGGAGACGGCAAAGAAGGCGAGGACUUAAUGGAAAGAUUGAAAAAUUUAUAGUGCCAUCUGACCUCAGUGUCCCAGCAAUGUGUGCUCUUUUCAUGAAGUCACUGAUGCUCCAGAGCGUUCUGAUAUUCCUCCGAUUCCAAUAUGCACUAAGAGUUUGACUUCAGUGAGUUGGCAACAAUCUGUGAUGACCAUCAUACUGAGGAGUUGACAGAAAUGUAGAUGUGUGAAUAAAAAGGAGCUGGAGAGAAGAGGACCAGAGAUAUACAAUUUGGAUAAACGUGUACCAGUCAUUUUCUUCCUUUAGUGUUUAAACACGGUGCUUCUGGAACUUUGUGUUGAGGAAAAAAUUGUCACUAUUUUUCUACAAAUUUUUGGGGAGAUGACGUUUAUGUUAGUCUUGCUUGUUAAAACCUUUUAGAGCUUUGUACAUAUUGCAUAGUUGACCUGCUAUGAAAUAAGGAGUAGUAACAGUUAGUAAACUUGAAGCAAUUCUUUGUACUCUAACUACACUUUGCUGCUUGUGCCUUGUGAUGUUUAGAGAAUUGGAAGAGUGCCAAAUCAAUGAUAAGGACAAAAAGUGUGUGUAGGCAUUUCUAGUGCCACAUCUUUUCUAUACUCAAAACAUAUUUCUAUAAAAGGCAUUACUGAGCGACAAAUAAUUUUAGUUGUUAUCUUUCUUUGUAACUGUCAGGGCUUUCACAAGAAUAACUGUACUAAUAUUUUAGGCAGUGUUUGCUAGUUUCGCAUAGAAUAAACGGUACACUAUUUCAUUAAUUUAACAUGAUAAAUUUAUUUACAUUUACUCCUCUCCAUGGUUGAGGGAAAUUAUAUUCCAUUUCAAAUGAAAAACUUAUCCAUUCCAAUCCAAAACUUGAAAGGUUUAAAAAUUGAAAUACAUUAUAUAUUGUGAGAAAUGUUGUAGGUGUGAUACAUUCACUCCUGUCCUUUAGAUAUCAAUAGUUAAAUGUAACAAUGGUAGGAACGUUUUAUCACUGUUGUCAACCUAGAGAAAGGUGAGCUUUUAUUUAUGGAUUGAUUACUGCCCAUGUUAUAGCAUACUUUAAAUAUUUGGUUACAUUUGGAGUUACCUGAUUAAAUUUUAUUAAUAAACAGGAUGUUUGAUAAAUUAGCAUCAUGGCUCAUCAGAAAACUGAUAAAAAAGAUCAUAAUGCAAGUCAUAAGAUUCAAUAUAGUUUAAGCCGCUUUCACACAACCAAGUUCCAAUAAAAGUUGUGUUGCUCUAUUUUAAACUUUGAAUUGCUAACCAAUGCAAUAUCCUGGGGGAAAAAAAAUUCCCAUGGGAAAUAGUUUCCCAUUCUUGGGAACCGUGGCCAUGGGGUUAGCAUAGCGAGUAUGCAUCCUUCCUGGGAAAAAUUGCAUUGAGUGUGAACAGAACAUGUUGUGGCAGGGUAAAAACUCCCCUGACUUUAUGUCCUGUAAAUUGGCCCUGUAUAUGUGAAACAGCUUUAGGUUUUAAGGUAGAAACACUUUAAAGGGUAGGGUCAUUGUUUUGGUUGUGUCAACAAAGUGCAGAUCUGUUGAUAAAUUUAAAUUAUCAAGAAAGAUACAAUAACUUGAGAUACCUGUCAAAGUUUCGGUUGAACACGGCCUACUUGUUGCAAAAACAUCAACAAACUGUAACAGUAUUUUCAUCAAUUGUUUGGAGAUUCAAAUAUUUGACCAAUUUUAAAUAUUUUCCAAUCAACUGAGACAUUAAGACAAACUAAUUUGCAGGAUGCUUACUACCAUCUUUCUAAUAAGUUUGCUUUUCUUUUGGGAGCAUUACAAAAGUAUGACCCUUCCUUUAAGAAAACGCCUGUAUUCCAAUCUUACACCAUUAUACUUCAUUAUAAGGUAUCAUGUUUUGAGAAAAACCAAAUAGAGAUUGUUAUAUUAUGUUAUAAUUUGUUUUCAUCAUUGAGCCUAUAUUUUUCAGGAUUUGCAUAUAUAGUGAUAUUACUGACCGACUAACAAUAGUAGUUUUUAUGGCAAGAUUAAUUUAGAGAAAGCAUAAUUCUGGGAAAUGAAGUUACUAAAAAUAAUUUAAAGUAUAUCAAUAUACAGAUUUGGUUAUGUUGUAGAUACAAAGUUGAGACAUUUUCAUAUGUUAAAAACAAAUUACCCUGUAAAUGAUGUUGUAGAUAGUUAUUUACCAUAAACACAUGUACUGGUUUAACUAUGUAGAUAUUUAUGCAGUCUCUAUAUACAUAAGAAAUUGCCCCUAGUUGCCUUGUGAUAUACUGAAUCUUCAAAAACAGGAUUUAAUAGUAUUGAAGAGCAACUGCAGACUAAAGCACAUUUUUUUCUAAAUUUUGUUUAUUUAAAAAUAAAUGCAAAGUGAUAACUUUCUGAAUAUUCUGUGGUGAAAAGACUUUGUGAUAUGCACCUCAUGUGCAGUAUCCCAUCAUUAAGGGAUAUUCGUUUGCUUCCUUUUAAGAAAUGAUAAAACCAAAAACAACAAUUUGUAUUUGUUUUCACAUGAAUCUUCCAAUAGAUAGUAACUCGUCACUUAAACUGUUUGGCACACUAUGAUCUUUGCAAGUAUUACUGCUAAAAUAAAAAUUGUGUUGUUCAUGAUAUUUUGGCUUGGAUAAAUUGCAAGCAGAUUCUUCCUGUGCUGAAAAAUUAUAUAGGGCAAGCAUGGAAAUUCAUCUUUAAACAUGUUGAAAGGGCAAGGCCGUUUUCAUUGUGCGAAGGGCACUUCCAUUGGAAAAUCUUAACGUGAAUGGGAAA